GUCGGACAAUAUUUUGUUCGUAUUCUGGACUGUUGCCAAUCACAUCCCAGCAUUGAGGAUAUUCGGCUUGUGUACGAUGACGUGUUCGCCCCUCGACGUCUCUCGCCACAACUUCAGCCCAUCUUACACUUCACACACACUGACAUGGGACUCGGUGAAUUGCCGCCAGAGAUCAUUCUGAUUAUUCUAGACUGCAUCGGUGUGACUGAGACUUUGGGCAUUUGUCUUUUGUCAAAGAAAUUCCGCGCCCUUGCUCAGCCACAGCUCUACCAUGAUAUUGUCCUAGGCCCUGAGGAUAUACGAUCGUCGCUGCCGCUUCUCUGUCGUACUGUCACUACAUGCCCCUUUAUAGCACAGCAAGUGCGAUGCCUCGAUAUCGACACCGACCUGUUCCUCGAUCAGGACACCGGCCGAUAUGAACUCCCAGCUAAAGACAUCCAGCCCCUGGAACUGCAAAGCCAGAACUUGGUGAAGGGAAUGAAUAUGCCCGAUUCCAGUGCAUUUGAAACAGAAGCAAUUCUUCCCAUGCUGCUCAUUGCCCGGAGCCCCAAUCUGAGGCAGCUGACAAUAACACUCGACCCCCAAGGGCUUGGCCUCUUCACCAGCUUAGCCCAGGUCCGAAACAGCACGCCCACUUCACUAUUCUGUCGAGAUGGCGUCUUUGAGUCCCUUUCUGUGGACUGCCGACAAGAUAGCCAUGGUGGCGAUAUAAACAUCAACAGCAUCGCCCGCCUCCUGUCCCUCCUCCGCUUGACAAGCAUCCAGGUCAACGACUACUCGCUGCGUGGACAGCAACAAUGCAAUACAAUAUACCCCGUUAGUCUGCCGCUAGGAUUACCUUCACUGUCAACCGUCUCACUCAGCCGCAGCCACAUCGGAGAAUCAGGCAUCGGCAUGCUCCUCUGCUCAUGCCGAGAUCUAGAGUCCUUCUACUGCGGCCAGGAAGAUCUCCAAAGCAACCAACUCAGCCCUCGCCAGCUAUACUCCCUACUCUCCAGCCACAGGGACAGCCUCCGAAUUCUGCAGCUAUCAUCGCUCGAUGACUCAAUCCCCGACUCCGCUGCACUUCCCAUGGCAGAGUCCGAAUUCGGCUCGCUCACGGACUUUGUCGGUUUGGAAUAUCUCACCCUGGACCAGGUAUAUCUGGGCAAAGCGCCGCAGUUACCAGUCUACCUGAAACACCUCGCGGUUCAGAAUUGUCAGUCCCCUAUCGCGCCGUUGCUGGUGUAUAUAGCGGGCCUCGCGUUGGAUAGCAAACUGCCCCGCUUAGCUAGUAUCUCGCUGCAUACGGAUACGUUCUACCCUGGGCAAAUGCUGGGGUUACCGCAUCGAGGGGCGACUGAUAUUCUUUUCGACAAGGCGUGUCUGGACCUUCUAAGCAGUUUAAGCGGGACGGGGAUAGCACUGAAACUAGAAGGAAACCUGCUUGAAAAGACUGUCGAGGGAUAUGACGCUGCAUUUGAGUGUGGUGAUCCCGGUGCUUUUUGGCCAUUUAUGUACCUUAAAUGAUAGAAGCUCAUACUUCUUUAUUCUCACCAAAGCCGGGGAAUCAGACUGUGGAUAUAAGAGAUUCUCAUUUCUCGGCAUGCCAGGGACUGGAAAUUACACCAGCGAUCGACACAGCGCCCGCCUUUUUGCCGGAAUUUCCGAUGAUGACGGCCUUUUUGCGAGUGGCGCAGCAGAAGAGGAC